AGAGCAACUUGGAGGGGAGAAGCCUUCAUCUUGCCUCCCCCCGUCUUUUCUGCAGGCAAAUCGCGAGGGCAGAGGGCUACGAACUCAAUUCUCAAAUCAUAAGGCACGGCCGACCGGCGUGGUGGGACCCAAGCGCCCUUCUGGAAGCUCGAAUCGUCCUACAAGCCAGUGUUUGGACUUUGACAUCAGUCCAGGGCAUUCGCAUCAAGCCACACGCCAAGCGCAAUGGUCUACGCCGUAGUUACUAAUCUGAACCUAGAUAUGGACAUGGGGAAUCUGAUUGGGUGGUCACAGCUUCCAACUCGGCCGCAAGAGUGCGACGGGUUAAGGGAAGUCUUCACGAUCCAAGGUUGUUCAACCACACGUGCAAAAGAUUAUCUAAUAUCAUUCGACGCGACAGCCCCAGGAUUGCCGAACUAUGACGGUGGCAUGUACCUGGUCAAUUCCGGAUGUCGGCAAGACCGAUGCCUUAGAAUCAGACAAUCCAUAAGUGUGUUGUUCAUGUUGUUGCCCCUUGGCUCGUCAGUGGACAAAGAUAGAAGUGGCUGUUGGCUUGAACGCCACACGGGUGCCUGCGGAAUCAGGGGCCAGCCUGUUUGCGAUAAGGUUAUCGUGGAGGCUGUGUACUUGCCGAGAUUUCUCUACGGUUGGCCGGAACGGACAGACAGGCCAGAUCAACCGCUCGCUGACAGAUAAUGAAGACGCGCUUUUGAUGAGUAUUGCAGGACAUACAUCCGAGCACUUUGCGUAGCUCAAGAGCACGCUCGAUCCUCGAUUCAAGGGAUAUGUAGCGUUCUUACCAGUACGCCAAAACGAUAUACCGCUGGCCAUCUGGAGAACAGACGGAACGAAGACUAUAUCCCAACAGG